AUGCGAUUGAACUUCAGCGAACUGCCUACCCCGACAUUAAGUCGCCAGAAUACGUCAAUCCUUCGACAUGAUCGACACCAUUCUCGCGCGAGCACCCAUCCGCAUCUCCUCUCCACUCGGCGGAAGCCCAGAAGAUGGCCUCUCGUCUUCCGCUUCAUAAAGGGCGCAAUCCACGGCGCGAUUUUGGUACAUGUUGUUUUCCAUGCCGCGUUCACAGCAUUCGUUGUCUGGCUUGAUCGCUAUGUCUUUGACACUGUCGGGCUACCGAAUUCGAUCAUCCCUUCCCUCUCCAUCGUCGUCGGUCUGAUGCUCGUCUUCCGCAACCAAACCUCCUACAACCGCUUCUGGGACGGCCGCAACGGCAUGACAACAGUAACAACCACAAUCCGCAACCUCGUCCGCACAAUCGCCACAAACGCCUACAACCCCAAGACCCCACUCACGCCCGCCGAGCGUGCCGACAUCGAACGCACAAUCCGCAUCCUCAUGGCCAUCCCUUUCGCCCUGAAGAACCACCUGCGCGCCGAAUGGGGCGCCGCCUGGGCACUUUUGGGCAGCGAUGUCGCGGGCGACGGGACGGCCGUGUAUAACCCCGUGUAUGCGGGGCUGUUACCGGCGGAUUUGGUGGGGCAUGAGGACGAGGGGCUGGGGUUGCCGUUCCAGUUGACGUUUUUUGUGGAUGCGUUUGUGAAGAGGGGAUUUGAGAGGGGGUGGUUUCAUGCGCCGGGGGCCAGUGGGAUGCAGGCGCAGUUGAAUACAAUGAUUGAUGCGUUUGGGAAGAUGGAGACGAUUAAGUUGACGCCGAUCCCGGUGGCGCAUUUAAUCCACCAAAAACAAGUCCUCGCACUAUACGGAUGCGUCCUCCCAUUCGCAAUGGUCGACGAUAUGGGCUGGUGGACUAUCCCCAUCGUCAGCCUCGUGAUCUUCACGCUAUACGGUAUCGAAGGGAUUGGAUCGCAGCUGGAAGAUCCAUUCGGGUACGACAGGAACGAUAUCAACAUGGAUGCACUGGUGGGUGAUGCCAAGAUGGAGAUUGACGUUGUCUUGCAGGAGUGGAGGAAAGUUGUCGCGUCCGUUGAGGGUUCUCUUGGUGGUGAGAACAGCCAGGGAGGUACUGGUGAGAGCUUGAGUAAUGGUAAUACAGAUGAGUUUGCGAGGCCGGAUAUGUUUAUACGGGAGAGGGCGAGGACGGCGGGCGGACAAUGA